UUGAACUUGGUGUUUACACAUACACACACAAACACACAAACACAGAGGGAGAGAUGCCGUCCCCGGAUGCAGCUGAAGCUUCAUUCAUGGCUGCAAUGAAAAGACUCUUUAAGAUGGACAGCGUCACAGGUAUGGCCAGCGUGGAGCUCUGGGUUUUGAUGACAACGCUGCUGCUGGUGGUGAGAUUCCUGCUGGACUGCUUCGGGCCGUGGAACGGAGACAGGACCAUGUCAACCGCCAUUCAAGUAAUCCAGAUGUUGAACUACUCCAUGGUGCACUACACCAUGGGGCUGAUGACACUCUCGGCGAAGAGGGUGAAUGACUACUUUCAGGUUUGGGCGGUGCUGCUGGUAACCCUGCAGUACAGCGUCAAGACUGGGCGCCUGUACCGGAGGUCCAAGCAGACCCCACUGCUCGACCUCAUGGCAUCUCUCUGGGCAGCCAAUCUCAUCCGGAUGCAAACCAUCUUACUUCUCAGUAUCUUUCUCUGGUUGAUCUGGGCUCUCAAUGCAAUUCGCAUCAUUUCGUACUUUGCCUCAUCUGAUAGAGCUGUAACCAUCAAUCAAGAGAACAUGAGGCUGGUUAGCGACUAUAUGCGAUACGAGCACAUACUCGGUUCCUCUAGCAAGGCUGCUAGUUCAGACGACGAGUUCAGUAUGCAGUCGUAUAAGUACUUGGUCUGUGGGGAAGACCUUGUGCUUCAUGAAUCCCAGCAGGAGAGAAGGACUAAAUCAGCACAAUAUAGGAUUCGGUUGGAUCCCGAUAAUAAGAAGCUUGUCACCUUAGAGAAGAUAUGGAAUGUUGGUGCUGGCAGCAGUCGGUUGCUGGGCGGCAACAAGGACACUGGCAACCGCUUGAAGGAUGUCUGCCUCUCAUUCGCCCUGUACAAGCUGCUGCGCCGUCGUUUCUAUAAUCUUCCGAUACAUGAGGCUAGCCAGGAAAAGACGAGGCGGCUCGUCUUCGAUUAUAUCCUGCAGGAGAACACCAACAACUAUGAGAGGGCAUUCCGCGUCACAAGUGUGGAAUUGUCCUUCCUCCAAGACUUGUUCUACAGCAAGCAUGCUGCCAUGUUUGCAGAUGGAUUUCCGAUCUGGGGUAUGCUGAUAUCUCUGUUUCUGGUUGGGGCUACCGGAUAUCUUGCAUAUCCUGUUCGUUACAUACCACAGAGGAUGGAUCAAGCGGACAAAAAUAUCAUCACUCAUGGGGUGACUGUCACACGCGUCAUAGUUGGCCUUAUCAUUGCAAAGGAGCUGUUGGAGGCCUAUAUUUAUGUAUUCUCACAAUGGAACAAGGUUCUGAUGAUCUGUAGGUACACCAAACAUCGGUGCUUGCAACAUUGGAUGGUGGAGGCAGCAAUGAGAAUGGUGUUUUGGUUCAUCAGGGGCAAGUGGGAUCAAAAGAUUUUCCAGUAUAACCUUCUGAUUUCUUGUUCGCACAAAUUGAAGAAAUCUCCCCGAAGAAUCAAGUUGGAGUCAGAAGUAAAGACGGCGAUAUUUGAGUCAUUCAAAGGCCUGCAGCAGCAUCCAGAAAGGUUGGAAUCCUACUUCUUAAAUGCAUUUGGAUCAAAGGAAGGCCUCAUGCAGCAGACAACUGAACUGGAGGCUGAUACCCAUAGGAUACUGGUUUGGCACAUCGCGACAUGCUUCUGCGAGGUACAUUACACUGAUGAAGUGCAAGAACUGAGGGUUUUAUUUCUUGAAAAUAGGCUCUUGGCAAAGAAAUCAUCUACUCCUGAAGACGUGUGGCCUCAUUACUUAACUGCUGUCAGCUUAUCUAACUACUGUGCAUACCUGCUUACCAAAGCAUUGGUGCCAGACAAUGGCAUUAUUGUUAGAAAUGUCUUGAACGCAGUGCGUAAGGAAACCUUUCGUGGUACGUAUUGCUCUUUAUCCCAGUCACUGCAAGAUGUUUACAAAAAACUUAUGAAUAUUGCCAGUGAGCCCUCUAAAGAAUCUGAGGCAGAGAUCACUCAAGAGGGUGAAGCUCCUGAAAGUUCGGCAAUAUAUGAGGAAGCGCUCCGAAUGUCUCCUGAUGAAGAAGAUCCCAAUGGAGCGGGAAAUGGUGACAUUAAAAGUUCCAUAACCAAUGACCAGGUACCCAACAGGGAAGAUACUACUAAGGGUGAUGAUGACAUCUAUAAUUCGAUAACCCAGAUGGGUGCAAAGCUUGGGAAGCAGUUGAUAGAGACUUACAAAGAAGACAGAGUAGGCCUAUGGAAGGAUUUAGCAGUGUUCUGGACAGGUUUCCUCCUCCACUUGGCAGCAUCAACUAGAGCAGCCAAGCAUAAGACACGACUUGCUGGAAAGGGGGAGCUCAUAACACACCUGUGGGCUUUGCUGUCUCAUGCCGGGUUUCUCGGGAAUACCAGACACGGACAAAUGCUCUUAGACCCAGAAGACCUUGAAGAUGUUGACCCGCUCAGUUGAUGAAUUUGAAGAAGCUCAAUUCUUGCAUGAUCUACAUGGUGUCCCGUUCAUUUGGUUGUUGCUUUUCUGCAAAGGGCAGAUAUUAUCAGAUUUUCUUUCACUGUACCAAGUCCGACAAUUUAGUUGUAUCGUUCUAUGCUUUAGUUUGCAAAGCUGUGGUGAAACCUUGAACCAUAUGCACAUGUCAUCUUGUUAAUUAGCUGCUGUGUUUCGCAGACAAGACAUUAAUUAGCUUCCAGUGUGAACACACAGUUAUUUAAAUCGUGUGAUUCAAGAUUUUGUUUGGCAUA